AUGCACGAGAGGGUGCAAAUUUUUCCUGGAAUUUUGGAGAGCAUAGAUUGUAUGCACUAUGACUGGAAGAAUUGUCCGACAUCGUGGAGAGGCCAAAUGAUCCUUGAAGUCAUCGUUGACUACCGUAUUUGGAUCUGGCAUGCUCACUUCAGCGUGGUCAAGCCAAACAACGAAACCAACAUGCUGAACACGUCGACUCUCUUCACUGAGCAAUGCAAGGGCAACCGUCCGGUUAUCGAGUUCACUGCCAACGAACGCCGACAUCAUAUGGGGUACUACUUAGCCAAUGGCAUAUACCCAAGAUGGCCAGUUAUACUGAAGAAGAUCUCAUGCCCAACGGAUCCGAAGAGAGUUUUAUUUGCACAGCAGCAAGAGGCUGCACGGAAGGACGUGGAGCGGGAUUCGGUGUGCUUCAAGUGCGUUGGGCAAUAG